CAUGUCCGACAGGCCUUCACCAAUUCACGAUGACCUUCUUGACCCCAAUCUUGCUUUACCCAGUAAUACUUCAUCAAUUUACACAAAUUUUACUGACCCAUCGCUGCAUGACAUUUCUCCAAGCGAAGAUCCUGUUGUAAAUCCAUCCUCAAGUCAACCGUCGACUAUGACGGCUGACUUGUCCCUUUCCACUUCCAAGCCGUCGCCACAUCCCUGCAAAGUUUGUGGGGUUAAUGCUUUCUUUUUGUGCAGGGCAUGUGGGUUUGAUGGACCGCGAUAUUGUUCAGAAAAAUGUCAAGAGGAAGAUUGGAGAGACGAGCAUCAUUCGAAAUGUAAAGCGAAAAAGAAAACCAAUACAGAAGAACAUUCUCAUGAAAGGGGAAGUAGCGAGGGUAAAAGUACAGGCCAUAAGGCAUUGACCAGAGGAGAUAUUGCACAACUUAUUAAUACUAAAC